AUGGAUUCGGCCAACACCAGCGGCAGUUUGCAAUCCUCAAGUGGCGCUGACGAAGAGUACGACUCACGCGCCGAGUCAUCGCCACUCUCUGCCUUCUUAAACAACCAACCUCCACCCACCCAACUCGCUCCCUUCAACACCACCAACAACCUCCAAAGCCCACUUAUUCCAACGCAACACCACCAUAUGUUCGACCCUUUAUCAAAUUACUUGGAUCCAAUUACGCAAACUUCAACGCCGGUUCUAAACCUUGACAUGAUGUGGUCCAAAGCCUGUAGAUCCGAACCAAACCAUACCCAAACCGAUCUCGAAGCCUUUGUGACAAGUCAAACACGAGGCAAUAGCGGUGCUUUUCCUACCUUGCCUCCAGAAAGUGGUUCCCGAGGAGCAAUGCUUUCAGUGUCAGCCGCCAAUAAUGAUCAAGUUCAAACCCACACCAACGUGGUUCGAAACCCGAAGAAACGGUCAAGAGCUUCUAGGCGUGCACCUACCACUGUGCUAACCACAGACACCACCAAUUUCCGAGCCAUGGUUCAAGAAUUCACUGGCAUCCCCGCACCGCCCUUCACUUCCUCUCCUUUCCCGAGAACCCGCUUGGAUCUCUUUGCUUCACCAACUUUGAGAUCCAACGCUUUCGACUCUCCCACACCACCACCACCACCUUAUCUUCUUCGCCCCUUCGCACAAAAACUCCAACUUCGAGGUCUUCACCCUUUUCCUCCCUCCUUUUCCAACACCUUAACUAACUCUACAACUAAUUCAACUUCCAUUAACUACCAACAACAACUAUCCGAACAUUUUGGGCUUGUGAAACAGCCUGUGGAAGCAUAUCCUAAGUACCCACUUGUCAACAGAACCCAAGAAGCCUCCUUGGAAAUUCCGCCGAAUCUAAAAAUGGGGGUGUUUGAGGAACUGGGAUUGAGACAGAACCAUGUUAACACCGACCUGGGGUGUCUUCAUCAGAACAUGGUCUCGUCAACAUCGGUAGGAGUGGGAGCAUUGUCAAGUGGAAACAACAAUAACUUGAGUAAUGCUAAUUCUUCAACGGAAUGGGCCCAGAGAAGGGGCACCAUUACCAACAAUGAUCGCGAUCACGGAGGAGGAGGAGCUCUCAGUGGCACUGUCAACUACACCGACAUUGCAGAAAGAGUCACUAAUACCAAAGUACACUCUUCAUCGGAUUUUCAUGGAGAGAAGGGGCCAGACUUCACUGUAACUGCCAGAACCCAAGGUAUGGUCGAAUCCUGGAUUAAUUGUUCUUCUGAUUAA